AUGGCCUCAUCGAACAAGGAAAAUAUCAAGGUCAGCGUAGCGAGCGUAAACGCUGCUGCCGCCACAUGUUCCAAUGUCCGUGUUCGCACAGAAUGGGAUUCAGUGUCGACUGGAGAUCGUCAGAACUUCGUCGACUCUUUGAAGUGCUUGAUGGCCAAGGCUCCGUCUGGCCAAUUUUCAGCCUCCAAGUCUCGCUACGAAGACUACACUGCUCUGCAUCAGACCCUCACACCUAGAGUUCACAGCAACUCCAAGUUCUUGCUCUGGCACAGAUACCUCCUAUGGACAUGGGAGUCAGAGCUUCGCGAGAGCUGUGGUCUUACAGCAACCUUGCCGUGGUUCGAUGAAACAAAGUACGCAGGGAAGUUUGGUCAGUCUUCAAUCUUCUCAAGCCAGUGGUUUGGUGGCAUUGGCCUCGGUGGCGCCUGUGUAACAGACGGUCAAUUCGCCAACCUCGCUAUCAACAUUGGUCCUGGCUCAGGGAACACGCCUCACUGCCUCGCCCGCAACGGUGAUGCCGCUAAGACCAUUAACACCGGUCAGUCGAUGGUUGAUGCCUGCAACGCGCGCACUACUUUCGCGGAUAUGGCGGGCUGCUCCGAGGGCGGUGCUCACGCCUGGGGCCAUAACGGUAUUGGUGCCGUCAUGCAGGAUGUCUACGCCUCGCCUGCCGACCCUAUUUUCUGGCUUCACCAUGGCUUCAUUGACCGCAACUUCCGCAUCUGGCAGAACCAGAACUCUGCUGUCCGUACCACCACUAUUGACGGCACAGACGUCGAUGGUAACGCACUGACGCUCGAUUCCACCAUCAAUGUCUAUAGCUUCAAGCCUGAUGUCAAGAUCAGAGAUAUCCUUGACACUGCUGGCGAGACGCUUUGCUACAAGUACAACUACUAG